CAGAGCGCCACAACCAUGGUGAGCGAGUCCCCAGGGCCGGGCGCCACGGUUCUCUGGCGGCGAAGUGACGAGGCGCUGAGCGUGAACGUGGGCGGCGUGCGGCGGCGGCUGAGCGCGCGCGCCCUGGCGCGCUUCCCGGGCACGCGGCUGGGCCGCCUGCAGGCCGCGGCGUCGGAGGAGCAGGCGCGGCGCCUGUGCGACGACUACGACGCGGCCGCUCGGGAGUUCUACUUCGACAGGCACCCGGGCUUCUUCCUGGGGCUGCUGCACUUCUACCGCACCGGCCACCUGCACGUGCUCGACGAGCUGUGCGUCUUCGCCUUUGGCCAGGAGGCCGAGUACUGGGGCCUGGGCGAGAGCGCGCUGGCCACGUGCUGCCGCGCGCGCUACCAGGAGCGGCGUGUGGCGCGGCCGCGCGCCUGGGACGAGGACAGCGACGCGCCGAGCAGCGUGGACCCGAGCCCCGGCGAGAUCUCCGACGUGCAGCGCGAGCUGGCGCGCUACGGCGCGGCGCGCUGCGGCCGCCUGCGCCGCCGUCUCUGGCUCACCAUGGAGAAUCCGGGCUACUCGCUGCCCAGCAAGCUCUUCAGCUGCGUCUCCAUCGGCGUGGUGCUCGCCUCCAUCGCCGCCAUGUGCAUCCACAGCCUGCCCGAGUACCAGGCCCGCGAGGCGGCCGCAGCCGUGGCUGCGGUGGCCGCGGGCCGCAGCGCGGAAGACGUGCGGGACGACCCGGUGCUGAGGCGCCUGGAGUACUUCUGCAUCGCCUGGUUCAGCUUCGAGGUGUCUUCGCGCCUCCUGCUGGCGCCCAGCCCGCGUAACUUCUUCUGCCACCCGCUCAACCUAAUCGACAUUGUGUCCGUGCUGCCUUUCUAUCUCACGCUGAUGGCUGGCGCGGCGCUCGGCGACCAGGGAGGUGCGGGCGGCGAGGAUCUCGGCGACCUGGGCAAAGUGGUGCAGGUGUUCCGCCUCAUGCGCAUCUUCCGCGUGCUCAAGUUGGCGCGCCACUCCACCGGGCUGCGCUCGCUGGGCGCCACACUCAAGCACAGCUACCGUGAGGUGGGGAUCUUACUGCUGUAUCUGGCCGUGGGUGUGUCAGUGUUCUCCGGUGUGGCCUACACAGCUGAGAAGGAGGAGGACGUGGGCUUUGACACCAUCCCAGCCUGCUGGUGGUGGGGCACAGUGAGCAUGACCACCGUGGGCUAUGGGGAUGUGGUGCCCGUGACGGUGGCCGGCAAGCUGGCAGCCUCGGGCUGCAUCCUCGGGGGCAUCCUGGUGGUAGCGCUCCCCAUCACCAUCAUCUUCAAUAAGUUCUCUCACUUCUACCGGCGCCAGAAGGCUCUGGAAGCCGCAGUGCGCAACAGUGGCCACCAGGAGUUUGAAGACUUGCUGAGCAGUGUCGAUGGGGUGUCGGAGGGGUCUCUGGAGACAUCCCGAGAGACCUCCCAGGAGGGAAGGUCUGCAGACCUGGAGGCCCAGGCCCCCAGUGAGCCUCCAAACUCUAAGAUUUAUUAA